AUGCCUUCAAGAGACCCAAUUCCAGCUCAAAAAAACGAGCAAGUGGAAGUGAACUCCGAUGAUGAAGCAGACCCCGAGCUAGUAGAGCUUCUCCGCCAGCAUCUUGGACUAGGUGGCGGACAGGCCAAAAAUGCCCCACCAGAGACUAGGGUGCUGGAAGGUGCGCAGUAUGUCUUUGACAAUGCCAUUGAUGUGGCAGUGAGCCGCGAAUUCACCAAGGAAGCUGCCGAAACGAUAUGGCGUAUGAUGCAGAAGAAAGAAUACUCCACGCAGACUUGGUCAGAACAUGAAUUACACCCGCAGACUAAAGAUGAGAGUACUGUUGAUUUCAUCUUCGCCAUGGAUCUGUUGAACUUUAGUUUCUUCUCUGAUGAGGAAGAGGAGCCUAAGCGGUUCUGUGUUGAAUAUCGUGGCAAGUGCUGGACGGGAUAUUGGAGUCUCGUUGCUAUUUUGCGGAGGGCUUUGGAUGAAGACAUCCCAAUUACAACCCCUGACUUCUGGGUUGAUGAAGACAAAUGUACCGAGGAGCUGCUCAAACAUGUCUUCCGGUCAGCAACAGAUGAAGAAAUUCCCAUGUUUAAGGAACGUGUGCAGUGCCUGCGCGAAGCAGGUGAAGUUCUUUGUGGUGAAUUUGGAGGCAGCUUCGCAAACUGCGUCGACAGCGCCAAUUUCUCAGCCGCAGGACUAGUAAACAUCCUAACAGAAAACUUCUCUUGUUUCCGCGAUGAGGCAAUUUUCCACGGAAAGAGAGUCCGUCUCUACAAGCGUGCUCAGAUCCUGGUUGCCGAUCUCUGGGCCUGCUUCAAUGGGGAGAAUUUUGGUGAAUUCCACGACAUCGAUAAGAUUACCAUGUUUGCGGACUACCGCAUCCCACAGAUGCUUCACCAACUAAACUGCAUUCGCUAUGCCCCCAAGCUUGACAGCCACAUCCGUGACCGGAAGCCCAUAGAGCCAGGAUCAAACUGGGAGAUCGAGCUUCGAGGAACGAGUAUCUGGUGUGUGGAGUUGAUUAAGCGGGAGAUCGAAAGACGGCACCCCGAGGUCAAGAUGGGUGGCAAGAAGGCCUCUGCCAAGAGCCUUGAAAAUGGAGGGGAGGCAACUGAGGAUACGGAAGCGAAGGCCGUCGCCGAGACUGGCCAGCGCAAGGCUUACGGCAUUAAUGCCAUUCUCAUCGAUUUCUUCUUGUAUGAUACGAUGAAGAGCCUGGAGGCGGAGAACAACGAGUCCAUUCCUCACCACCGGACGAGAAGUAUUUGGUAUUGA